GGCGCUCGGAGCCGGAGAAGGCGGCGGCGCGUCUCUCGGAUCUCCCUCCUGCGCGAUGGCGGCCAUGGCGACGGCGCCCUUCACCUGCAUCACCUGCCGGCUGGCGUUCAGCGACGCGGACCUGCAGCGGGCGCACUACAAGACGGACUGGCACCGCUACAACCUGCGGCGCAAGGUGGCCGCCAUGGCGCCGGUGACGGCCGAGGGCUUCCAGGAGCGCGUGUGGGCGCAGCGGGCGCUGGCCGAGCAGCAGGGCCAGGCCACGGCCACCUACUGCGCCGCGUGCUGCAAGAAGUUCGCCUCGUUCAACGCCUACGACAACCACCUGCGCUCGCGGAGGCACGCCGAGCUGGAGAGGAAGGCGGUGGCGGCCGUGAGCCAGCGCGUGGCGCGGCUGAACGCCAAGAACCUGGAGAAGGGGCUGGGCGCGGGCGCCGUGGACAAGGACGCCGUCAACGCCGCCAUCCAGCGGGCCAUCAAGCCUCAGCCGUCCCCCAAGAAGGCCCCGGCCGCCCCGGAGCGCGACGCCCCCGCGCCCGACAAGGACAGGCCCCCGCGGCUGCAGUGGUUCGAGCAGCAGGCCAGGAAGCUGGCCAAGCAGCAGGGAGAGGAGGAGGAGGAGGAGGAGGAGGAGGAGGAAGACCUGGAGGAGGAAGCCGAUCUUGAUUCCGAGGAAGAGCUGGAAUGUGACGAUGCUGAUGGCCUGGACGAGGCAGACGAGGAGGACGAGGCUGCCGAGGCUGAUGCUGAUGUCGAGGCUGGCAGCAGCUCCCGCCUUGGUGCUCUCCCUGUCACGGACUGUUUGUUCUGUUCCCAUCAUUCCAGCUCCCUCUUGAAGAACGUGGCUCAUAUGACCAAAGUGCACAGUUUCUUUAUUCCUGACAUCGAGUACCUCUCGGACCUUAGGGGGCUGAUUAAGUACUUGGGCGAGAAAGUCGGGGUUGGGAAGAUCUGCUUGUGGUGUAAUGAGAAAGGGAAAUCCUUUUAUUCCACGGAAGCUGUCCAGGCUCACAUGAACGACAAGAGUCACUGUAAGCUCUUUACAGAUGGGGAUGCUGCUUUGGAAUUUGCAGACUUCUAUGACUUUAGGAGCAGCUACCCGGAUCACAAGGAAGGGGAAAAUCCUGAGGAGACCUCGGAGUUAUCUUCAGAAAAGUCCUUGGAAUAUGAUGAUGAAACCAUGGAGCUCAUUCUGCCUUCUGGUGCCCGGGUCGGUCAUCGCUCCUUGAUGAGAUACUACAAACAGCGCUUUGGGCUGUCUAGGGCCGUUGCUGUGUCCAAGAACCAGAAGACAGUGGGCCGAGUCCUGCAGCAGUACAGAGCCCUCGGGUGGAUGGGCAGCACAGGGCCAGCCCUGGUGCGAGGGCGCGACAUGCAGUACGUGCAGAGGAUGAAGUCUAAGUGGAUGCUGAAGACAGGGAUGCAGAACAACGCCACCAAGCAGAUGCACUUCCGGGCCCAAGUGAGGUUCUGAGCCUUUUGCCUGCCCGUCCAGGACCUACCAUGCUGCUGCUCCUCCUCCCUCUUUGUCUCCUGUUGGAAUCUAAUAAAAA